AUGUGUGGUAUUUUCGGUUACGUCAACUACUUGGUUGAAAAGCAAAGAGGCGAGAUCAUCGAUAACCUUAUCGAGGGUCUCUCCAGAUUAGAAUAUAGAGGCUAUGACUCUGCCGGUUUGGCCAUUGACGGCGACGUCGAAAGUGAGGUUGACAUCUUCCGUGCCGUCGGUAAAGUUGCCUCGUUGAAGGCUGAGAUCGACCAGUGCGCCCCAGAACGCUCCACCUUGUUUACCAACCACGUUGGUAUUGCCCACACCAGGUGGGCCACCCACGGACAACCAGCGACCGUGAAUUGCCACCCACAAUCUUCCGGCCCGCAGAACGAGUUCGUUGUCGUCCACAAUGGUAUCAUCACCAACUACAAGGCCAUCAAGAUCUUGUUGGAGGGCAAGGGCUUCGUUUUCGACUCUGAGACCGAUACCGAGUGCAUUGCCAAGUUGUUUAAGCACGUGUACGACACCAACUUGGCGAAUGGCCACGACCCAGACUUGAACGAAUUGACCAAGCAGGUUUUGUUUGAGUUGGAGGGUUCCUACGGCUUGUUGGUCAAGUCGGUGUUCUACCCCAACGAGGUGUGUGCUACCAGAAAGGGUUCUCCAUUGUUGAUCGGUGUCAAGUCUGAAAAGGCGUUGAAGGUGGAUUUUGUGGACGUCGAGUUCCCAACUACGGAUGAGCAGGUUUCCGCCAAGACCCUUCAAAACAAGCGUUUGGGCCUUCUUCCAGUGGCUCAGGGCGACUCUGGCUUGAGACAGUCCCAGUCGAGAGCGUUCCUUUCCGAGGAUGGCGCGCCAAUGCCAGUGGAGUUCUUCUUGUCCUCUGACCCAUCGUCCGUUAUCCAGCACACCAAGAAGGUGAUGUUCUUGGAGGACGAUGAUAUUGCGCACAUCUACGACGGUGAGAUCCACAUCCACAGAGCCAAGAGAGAGUCCGGCGCCUCCGCCACCAGAUCCAUUCAGACCUUGGAACUUGAGUUGGCCCAGAUCAUGAAGGGUCCGUACUCGCACUUCAUGCAGAAGGAGAUAUUCGAACAGCCAGAGUCCACCUUCAACACCAUGAGAGGCAGAAUCGACUUUGAGAACUCCCAGAUUACCUUGGGUGGGGUCAAGUCGUGGUUGCCGACCCUUAGACGCUCCAGACGCAUCAUCAUGAUCGCGUGCGGGACAUCCUACCACUCCUGUUUGGCCACCAGAUCCAUCUUUGAGGAGUUGACCGAGAUUCCAGUGGCCGUCGAGUUGGCCUCUGACUUUUUGGACAGAAGACCACCAGUCUUCAGAGACGAUUGCUGUGUGUUUGUUUCCCAGUCCGGUGAGACUGCUGACUCCAUGUUGGCUUUGAACUACUGUAUUGAGCGUGGCGCCAUAACCCUCGGGAUUGUCAACGCCGUGGGCUCUUCCAUCUCCCGACUGACCCACUGCGGUGUUCACAUCAACGCGGGCCCAGAAAUCGGGGUGGCGUCUACCAAGGCCUACACCUCCCAAUAUAUUGCCUUGGUUAUGGUGGCACUUUCUUUGUCCAACGACAGUAUCUCCCAGACCGACCGCCACAGGGAGAUUGUUGCGGGCUUGCAGAAGAUCCCAGAACAGAUCAAGACGGUCUUAGAGUUGGACGCGCCAAUCAAGGAGUUGUGUGAAACCGUCUUGAAGGACCAGAAGUCCUUGUUGUUGUUGGGCAGAGGCUACCAGCAUGCCACUGCCUUGGAAGGUGCCUUGAAGAUUAAGGAGAUAUCCUACAUGCACUCCGAGGGUGUGUUGGCCGGUGAGUUGAAGCACGGUGUGUUGGCUUUGGUCGACGAGCACUUGCCAAUCAUUGCCUUUGCCACCAGAGACUCUCUUUUCCCUAAGACCAUGUCUGCCAUUUCCCAGGUCACCGCCAGAGAUGGGAGACCGAUUAUCAUCUCCAACGAGGGAGACUCUGUCUGGGACAAUGCCUUGGCCAACUUGCAGGUUCCUUUGACCGUGGACUGUUUGCAAGGGUUGUUGAACGUCAUCCCGGUGCAGUUGAUCAGUUACUGGUUGGCUGUCGGUAGAGAUAUUGACGUUGAUUUCCCGCGUAACUUGGCCAAGUCUGUUACUGUCGAGUAAACAUACACUUUCAUGCAUUUUUGACUUUUUUUGGAUAGGGCCUUCCUUGUUCUAUUUAUUUCUUGGGCUCUCACCUCGGUUUCUUCGUACAAUUUAUUAUUUUCGUUAUAUUAUGUAGUGACAACCAAUGUAGGUUCGUAUAGGCGGAAUUAACCUAUAGC